AACGCUUUGACUCGGAAUUUAUAUAGGCUGAUCCACCGUUUUCUCCCGCGCAUCCUCUGCCAUAGAGGCGCAGCGCCGACGCGAGAGUCCUAGCGCCUCGCUAGUGGAAAAUUGUUGCCUGACGCAAGAUUACCGAUUCGCCUGCUACGCACUCGAGGCUACGUUGUCUUCGUGCAGUGGCUUCUGCUUUCUCUGCGUAUAUUUACUUCUAUUGAAUGCACAUCGCGUGUCUUCGCCUGGUGACGGCCCAACCACCCCACUCGUGUAUUUAAUCCAAUUAUACACUCUUGAUGAGUAGUUGUCUGAAAGAUAAGCUCGCCUCCAAUGCUGAGCUUGAAGCUCCCCCAGAGCCAUCAAAACCAAAAUGCACCGAUGUGUUCCAAAUUACUCGCGCUGAGCCCUGGGCUAUUAACACAGGCAGCUGGUACCUAUUCUCGUCCGAGCCUAAGCUGUGCUUCCAAAUAAGACAAGGCUCCUUCUGGAGAGAAGGUUUUACGUUCCCGAGAUAUAACAUCUGGAGUCCCCCAUACUUCGGAAUUUCGCUACCAGAGCCAAACUCUACUCAAGACAUAAGGACCAUUCUGGGUCCUGGGGAAAUGGUUCUGUCAGACCGAAGUUCAUCGAACAUAAAGAAGUCCUAUAAGCUGAACUGCAACGACCUUAUCGUAACUAGCUACGAAGACGAUGCAGCAUCCCUAAAGGCCAGAGACACCGGGUCAAUUCCGUUCGAGAGAGAGAACGUCGUCGGUGGUAUUGAUGUUGACUACCCUAUUUUCCUGCAAUGUAGGUGUUGCCUCCGAUACCGAGGGUGGGUAACCCUGGCCAAGGGCGAACGGUGGCGAUUUGACGAAAUCAUCCGGUCAAAUCGCCAGUUAUAUUACCAGUUCCAGCGUGUGGCCAAUCGCGUUGCGCAUGAAGUGGUAUUCCCAAAGGUGUAUCCUAAGACGCUCCAAUGGGAAUGUUAUAGCGAUUGGAAGUCGGGAUAUGGAGAGGCACCGGCGGAUGUGCCGUUCAUUUUGGACCAGGACACGCGCCUCUGCCGCGUCAACCCGGACUGGCACGGACAACGGCACUGGGAUGCUUCUAAGCUUGUAGCUCCCGUGAUUGCUAUUAUGAAUCGAGAAUGCCUCGUCUUUAUGAAUGGUUUGAAGGAGGCUAAUGAGAUUGAGACCGCUGAUCUUCGAGAGCUGGUUCUAAUGACAGGUCUCACGAUUGCGAAGUUUGAACGCCCUGAAUUGGACAAAUGA